CACGAACGCAAUCGUCGAUACCACGUAGGGUAAGCUCAGACAAAAAAGCAAAGAAGAAAAGACAAGAAGCUACAAUGGCGGAAAGUCAGAACACAGGUAACGCAAUUACGUUAACAAACGAACAAUUCAUCGCUCUUCUACAACAGAUACAGAUAUCUGCUACGAACGUCCCCACCGCAAAUGCCGCGCUACCGCAAGGUAAUUUUUCGCGAUGCACUUCUCGAUUCGAUGGAAAAAAGACGUCCGAUGUAGAAGCUUUUAUCGAUGCGAUCGUUACAUACAAAGAAUGCACAAAUAUAUCCGACGAAAACGCCCUAAAGGGACUACCGAUCCUACUCAUGGAUCUCGCCGCGACGUGGUGGCAGGGUGUCAAAUCUACAGUCAAUACGUGGAAUGCCGCAAUAGAUCUGCUAAAACUAACAUACGGACCUAAGAAACCGGCAUACCGUAUCUACAAAGAACUCUUCGCGCGGGAACAAGAAGAAAAUACAUCGACGGACGUAUUUAUAUGUAAAGCACGCGCCCUCCUUGCUAAACUUCCGUACAACACGCCGUUAACGGAAAGCAUCCAAUUAGAUAUGGUCUACGGAUUAUUGUCAUACAAGAUUCGAAAGGAGAUAUCACGUGAAAAAAUUACGUCAUUUUCGGAAUUAUUAGAUCUCGCGAGGGAAGUCAAAGAGACUCGAGCCGAAGAAAAUAACGACACAUCUAAACAAACGAUAUCGUUUCGUAAACAUGAAUCCCGUCUACGAUGUAAAUACUGCAAAAGUUUCGGACAUACGGUAGACGAAUGCAUGAAUCUUAAAAAGAAACAAGAAAACAGUCCGACCACGACUAGCAAAAAAGACAAAACGGAUUCGGAUACAGACGAUGCGCAAGCGAAUAGCCAACGUUCUCGGCCUACAGUUACUUGUUUCGGUUGCGGGAAUCCCGGGUAUCUCCGUAAAGAGUGCCCUAAGUGCAAUAAGACGGAUAAAAGCGGCAAAGGCAUAGCGAAGCCUGAUUUCUGCCUCGUAGACACAUCUCCGAUACAUGCAAAAUGCAAGAAACGAACGAUUCUCAACAUUGAAAUAUUAGGGGCGAAAGGCACUGGUCUGAUCGAUACAGCCGCAAAAAUGAGUGUCGCUGGUUACAGUCUAUAUAAAAUUCUAAUCGACAAAGAUCAAAAAUUCAAAGAAACAGACGCAUAUAUCGGACUGGCAGACGGUACGCGUAGCAGGGAACACGUUUUAUUAACAGAAGUUGACGUUCAUCUAAUGGAUCGCACGAUAAGUAUCACAUUCCUUAUAAUACCGCACGCAGAAAAUAAUUACACACUACUCGGCAUGGACUUUAUCGAAAAAGCGAAAAUUGUAAUAAAUGCUCCACAGCGUAUCUGGUAUUUUGCAGAUGAAAACGAACCGCGUGAGCUGAACUUUGAAGCUUCGGAAGGAACAUCUGACACUGUACAACUGAAUUACGUCGAGACACUAAGAAACAACGAAGCCCAAGUUCUGUCCUCAAAUCAGCGUGAUAAACUCAAUGAGUUUUUGUCUACUAACGAAGACAUCUUCGCACUAGGGGAGGAGCAGACAACGUACGCUGAACACGCCAUUGAAACAGGCGAUAACGCACCAGCAGCCGUACCACCGUAUAAAAUGCCCCGACAUAAGAAAGAAAUAUUGGAAAAGGAGCUUAAUGCUAUGCUAGAAGCAGAUAUUAUCGAAGAAUGCGAAUUCCAUGGGCGGCCCCAGUAG